AUGCCUCUUCCAGCAGACUACCUUGACAAAGUCUACGCCGGGGUGCUGGGCAAGGUGAUAGGGGUGUAUUUGGGCCGGCCAUUCGAGGGCUGGACACACGAGCGCGUCCUGGCCGAGCUGGGUCCCAUCCGGUACUAUGUGCAGAAGGAUCCGGAUCGCGUGGUGGUGGUCGACGACGACGUGUCGGGGACGUUUGUGUUCGUGCGCGCGCUGCAGGAGCAUGGAGUCCGAGCGGAUCUCUCGUCCGAGGCCAUCGGCAAGACCUGGCUGAACAAUGUCAUCGAGCGCCGCGCCGUCUUCUGGUGGGGAGGAAACGGCAUUUCGACGGAGCAUACCGCGUUCCUCAAUCUGAAGAAGCGCGGUAUCCCUGCCCCUCUGAGCGGCAGUAUCCAGACGAACGGCAGGACGGUCGCAGAGCAGAUUGGUGCCCAGAUCUUCAUCGACGGUUGGGCUAUGGUCGCUCCUGGAAAUCCGGCCCUGGCAGCGCAGCUGGCUGAGUUGGCUGCCAAGGUCAGCCAUGACGGCGAAGCUGUUCACGCAGCCAAGCUUCUGGCUGCCAUGGAGGCCGAGGCCUUCGUCUCCAAAGACGUCAACCGUCUGCUAGACGUCGGGCUGAAGUUUGUGCCAGCCGAUUCUCUCAUCGCGCGGUUGGUCAACGAUAUCCGCCAGUGGGCGAAGAGCGAUGGCGACUGGAAGAAAACGCGGCAGAGGAUCGAAGAGAGGUACGGAUACGACAAGUUUGGCGGGAUCUGCCAUGUCAUCCCCAACCACGGCCUGAUCAUUCUUGCGCUGCUGUACGGCGGGCAUGACUUCCACACAGCCAUGCACAUCGUCAACACGUGCGGGUGGGACACGGACUGCAAUUCGGGCAAUGUGGGCUGUCUGGUUGCUAUCAUGCACGGCCUGGACGCGUUCGAGGGAGGGCCUGACUGGCGCGGUCCGGUGGCAGAUCGGAUCAUGAUCUCUAGCGCUGAUGGGGGCUACUCGAUCAACAACGCGGCGCGGAUAGCAUACGACAUUGCCAACUUGGGUUGUCAGCUCGCUGGAGAAGCGCCUCUCCCGGCUCCGAAGGACGGCGCCCAGUUCCAUUUCACCCUGCCGGGGAGCGUGCAGGGGUUCCAGGUGACUCGUCAUGCCCUGCUGCCGGACCUUGUCCGGGUCGAGCAGGCGCUGGACGACGAAAAGAGGCCUGGACUGGCAAUUCGGCUCCAUGGUCUGACAGACGCAGUGGAUUCAGUCGAGGCGCUGACGCCGACGUUCACGCCUGUCGAAGCGGUGGACACGAAGACGUACGAGCUCAUGGCAUCGCCUCUGGUGUAUCCGGGCCAGAGGGUCGAGGCCGUUGUGCGAGCAGAGAAGACAAACACAGCUCCUGUCAACGCGCGGCUGCGACUGAAGGUAUACGGGCCAGACGAUGAUCUGCACACGGCAGCCGGUCCAUCUGUGUCGCUGCAUCCAGGGCAGGAGGAGACACUCGCCUGGAUCAUUCCCGAUUGCUGGGACAGCCAGCCGAUUCAGCAGCUAGGGCUUGCGCUGUGCGUGCCCGAUGGCGGACGCCGUGUCGACGGCACAGUGUGGCUAGACCGACUAGGCUGGAAGGGCGCACCACGUCAGACGCUGAAACGUCCAGUUGCAAAACCGCAGGAGGGACAUUUCUGGCACCGGGCCUGGGUGAACGGCGCGAGCACGUUCCAGACAGAGCUUCCGGGCAGCGGAUUCUGCAUCGCGCAGGACAGCGGCGAGGGCAUCAUCGCGUACGGGACACGCGAGUGGAAGGAUUACGUGGUGUCUGUCCCACGCCUGAUCGUCAAUCUGGGCACGGUAGCAGGCGUCGCCGUCAGAGUGCAGGGCCUGAAUCGGUACUACGCCGUGAUGCUCCUGUCUGGACCACCCCGGCGGAUCGCACUGGUCAAGGCGCGAGACGAGCAGAGAGCCGAGCUUGCCAGCGCGCCGUUCGACUGGACGCUCGAUACUGCUUACGAAGUCACCGUGUCGGUCGAAGGGAAUGCCAUUACUGGUCGGUUAGAAAAUUGGGGCCCGGUCCUGCAGGCUGUCGAUGGGGAGUAUGCGGGAGGAGGAAUUGGGUUGGUUGUUACGGACGGUUCUGUGGUUGCGGAUCAGUUUGAUAUCGCGCCGGUGCGGUAG